AUGGAGGAAUACUUUUUUAGAAAUUUAUUUUACUUACUCUUCAAAUAAGCUUUGUUAGGGUUUCCCCUUUUCCUUUUGGCUUUUUUUCCCCUUCUCUUCUAGUCUGUUCUCUCCCUUGUUUUCUUGUUCAGUUCAUAAUAGCUUUUUUUGUUGUUGUUUUUUUAGCUAAACUAGUUAUUCUCAGUUCAAGUUCAGCUUUGAAUUUCAGCACAGAACCAAAAAAACACCCAAGUGGCCGAAAUUGAAAGAGUGGAAAAAGGGUUUGCUGUAAAAGGAUAAAACCAAAAAAUUGUGUUUGGAUGAUGAUAUGGUUUAGCUGUGAUCCAUGGGCAGUAGAACGUUGAAAAAUGGUGUAGAAAAUAAUAAAAAAGAUUUAUCAGCCAUGCCGAGCUACGUUCCUUCAGUACCGACUUCAACUUCCAGUGGGGCAGAGGCAAAUGCCAUUCGUUCUUCUCAGCUUCCAGACUUUGGAAACCUUGAUCAAUUUCGCAUAGAGGAUGCAAUUGAUCUUACCAGAAAUCCACUAUUUAAUCAAAUAAAAUCAAGUUCCCAAGCAUUAGCUGAUGCUCAGUUUGGUGCUUUAAGCAAGACACUUGCAUCUGCAGACAACAAUCUCUCUGCUGCUGUAGUGGGAUCCCAAACAUUACCACUUCAGAAAGAUAACCAACCGAAUCUUCCACACAUAUCAGUUGGUCGGGAGAAUUGGGGAGAUUCCAAUAUGGCAGAUGGCAGCCCUAGGACUGAUACGUCAACAGACGACACUGAAGAGAAGAAUCAAAGGUUUGGAAGAGGUCAAACAAAUGCUAUCGUGGCUUCCGAUUCUAGUGACAGAUCAAAAGAUAAAACAGACCAGAAGACAUUGCGUAGGCUAGCUCAAAAUCGGGAGGCUGCAAGAAAAAGCCGGUUAAGGAAGAAGGCGUAUGUGCAACAGCUAGAGAGUAGCCGACUGAAACUGACUCAACUCGAGCAGGAACUGCAGCGAGCUCGUCAGCAGGGUAUAUUCAUUUCAAGCACGGGAGAUCAAUCUCAUUCGAUGAGUGGAAAUGGUGCCUUGGCAUUUGACGUUGAAUAUUCACGGUGGCUAGAGGAGCACAAUAAGCAUAUAAAUGAGUUGAGGGCUGCAGUCAAUUCACAUGCUGGUGACGCCGAACUUCGCACUAUUGUCGACAGCGUCACAGCUCAUUUUGAUGACAUUUUCCGUUUGAAAGGUAUUGCUGCAAAAGCUGAUGUUUUCCAUAUCUUAUCGGGAAUGUGGAAAACACCAGCAGAGCGGUGUUUUCUGUGGAUAGGUGGCUUCCGUUCAUCCGAGCUCCUUAAGCUUCUUGCAAGUCAGUUGGAGCCUCUAACUGAGCAACAGUUUAUGGGUAUCCAAAACUUGCAGCAAUCAUCCCAGCAGGCCGAAGAUGCUUUGUCACAAGGGAUGGAAGCAUUACAACAAUCUUUGGCCGAGACAUUGGCCAAUGGCUCACCUGCUCCCUCGGGACCAUCUGGGAAUGUGGCAAAUUAUAUGGGCCAAAUGGCUAUGGCCAUGGGAAAGCUAGGAACCCUCGAAGGAUUCCUUCGUCAGGCCGAUAAUCUACGCCAGCAGACACUUCAACAGAUGCACCGGAUCUUGACGACUCGGCAAUCAGCUCGUGCCCUUCUUGCAAUAAACGACUAUUUCUCUCGGCUCCGAGCUCUCAGUUCUCUCUGGCUGGCUAGACCUCGCGAGUGAGAAGCAAGAUAAUAAAAUCCAUCUCCUAUGAACAAACCGAUUGCCCGCACCACAGCCGCCACCGCCGCUCUUCCUCAACAUCAAGCAUCGAAAUCUUCCUGAGAAACAUGGAUACAUUGUUGUGUCUUAAUGUUUUUUUGGUAACAAUAACAUGACAUUUAUAAAUGUUGGCAAAAAGUUGUAUGUUCAUUACUUAAAAUGUUGUAAAAACAUUUAGGGCAAAAAUAAUAAUGUGAUUUAGUUUGAUGCUUUAGAAUUAAGAAACAAAAUGAAGAUAGGGAAUGGUGUAUGUAACAAAGGUUAAAAAAAUAGUUGUGAAUGUGUAUUCAUGAAUAUUUAUAUAUGAACAAUUUACUUGUGUUUU